CGGGCACGAGGCUCAGUGGCCUUCCCAAGGCUAAGGCGGCGGCGGCGGGCGCGCGCGCGCGGCGGCGGCGGCGGCGCGAGGCGCGGGCUGUUGUGCUCCCGGCUCUCCUCUUUCCCCUCUCCGGUGGGUGGAGGAGACCGAAGCGGUGCUGGGCGCGCUCCGCACCCCUUUCCUCUGCCUCCGGACGCCUCCGCCCCCCCCUCCCUCCCGGCCCCUUCGCCCGGCGAGGUCUCUCCGACGCAAGCCUGUCCCGGCCCGGACAUGGCUCGCGGACAGCAGAAGAUUCAGUCUCAGCAGAAAAAUGCCAAAAAGCAAGCUGGACAAAAGAAGAAACAAGGACAUGACCAAAAGGCUGCUGCCAAAGCUGCCUUAAUAUACACCUGCACGGUCUGUAGGACACAAAUGCCAGACCCUAAGACCUUCAAGCAGCACUUUGAGAGCAAGCAUCCUAAGACUCCACUUCCUCCAGAAUUGGCUGAUGUCCAGGCGUAAAGUUGUUUACAGGUGAAUUCAUGACACCUUUGACUCUUCUACUGUCUCAGACCUUAGGUAACAACCUGCAGCUGCUUUUCUAACAAACUGUUGAUCAGCAAAAAUAAAGGGGCUACAGAAACACUCAUUUUUAUGCUGUUCCCUUUGGGCUUCAUGCAAAGACAAUUCUGUGUAAAUGUACAGUUGACUCUAAUUUGGAAAUCUGAAAAUCAGUCCAUCCUUGUUAUAAAAAUUUUUUACAAUUGUAAUUAUAUUGAUGUUCAUAUUGUGUAAAAUAACUCAUUUAAUAAAGUAGUACUUUGAUUUUACAACAUCACAGGAUAAAUGGUUCUAGAAAUUCUGUUCUAACUUUCCACAUUAUUUGCCUUAUAAAAAAUCUAAUGAAUUCAUCAGCUAGAAUUGUAAGUGCAACUCUUAACUCCCUCUCAGCUCAGUUGCAGAUUCGUUAAACUAGAGCAGACUCAUUCAUUAAAUUUGUGAACACAGUUUUAUUGGCAGCCGCUGAUCUAAAAGAAUGACUUACCUGCUGCCUUAGUAUAUUGCAAUCAUGUCAUUUCCCCCUCUGAUUGUUUGCUGUGUUUGAGGUUGGAAUAUUUCAACUUGCUAUAUGACUGUGCUGUAGCUACCAGCCAGGUAUACCAUGUAGAUAAUGUGAUAAAUUCCUAAAGCGGUUAGAUCGGUAGUAAGCCCUUCUGAAAAACUAGGUUUUGAAGAGGUGUCAUAAUGAAAUAAUCAGUAAGCCUAAUCAUUUAUUACAAAAUAUGAUGGAACAUGUAUGAACUGGUAAAGAUUUAUCUUUUAUAAAUUGUGUUGGAUUCCUUGAAAUGGCUUCAAAUUCUUUCAUUUGAAAUUGAAAUGCAUAAUUUUGGAGGAGUUUUUAGAAAUUAAUGAUUUGACCAAUUCUGGAAUGAAUUUUGCAUUAACAGGAAGAUUGGAAUAACUUGUGGCUGGGUUAGUUCCCAGAGUCUUCUCCCUCCGUUCCUUUUUGGGUCAUUGAUUUUAGGAGUUUAUUUUGUGCUGCUUCCUAAAAUCAAAGACUGUGUACAGUAUGACUUCUGUCUAAACUAGAAAGUAUUAAAAUAGGCCAGUGUCUAGAUUGAUUUGGUUCCAGGGAUGGGGAAAUGGGUUGGUUCAGAUGGAUGAGGUAAAGGAGACUAAUUUUAGGGUUCUUCUAAUUUGCUUUGUCAGCUAUUAACUUUACGAGUGAAACUGCUGUAACUCAGUUGAAAUUUUAAAGUUAAUAUAAUAGGAAGAACACUCAAAUAUUUCCUGGUAAUUGUUUAGAACCACAAAUCGGAUCCUGUGGAUUAAAAAAUGCAUUCUCUUUUUGUGCUGCAACUCACUGCUGCAUCUGUUUUGUAGCUGUGCAUAUUCUGCCCACCUUAUUUGUCUUCACUGUAAGUUUAAAAUAAGGUAUUUUCAAGGAAAAUCUUCAGUGGUGAUAGUUUCUUAGCAGUUCCUAUUCUUAUACUAUUACUUUAAUGAUUUUUUCCAUGUAUUUAAUUUCCUGAGUUUCCGAUUUAAUAUGUUAUUUCCCUAUAUGUUGAUUACCAGAACAUUAGAGUUUGCCUAAUUGCUUGUGGUGGGUAUUAUAGAAGUUAUGGUUAAAUUACAAUUUUAAAGUUUUUUAAAGUGCUUUGAACAUAUGUAUCUUUAUGUUUAGCAACAAAUCACUUAAAAACCUCUUACAAGUUUUUGUUUAAUUUUUUUCAUUUGUUUGACUGACUCUACUUCAGAAUAAAAGCUUUUUGUUCUUGUA